UUCUGCAGCACAGUGCAUGUUCCUAAAAUCAUUUGAAAAAUUUCAAGACUGGAUUUUGCCCAACACUCUAAAUGGACCAGUUCUGAUGGGUCAAACACAGCGAAUCAAUCAUUAGUUUCUUUUUUCCCCGCGGUAAUUUAUACACAAAUAGAUUGGAGAAGGAACCAUGCUUGCAGGAUUAGUUACUGGAAGCCACUUUCAGCCUGGAGUUGUCAAAGUCGGUGGCCGAAGGCAAAUUCCUGGUUUGAAGCCGGGCUCAUUGUGCUUGUCAAGUGUCGAGUUGUCUAGAAAGAAUCGAAUUACAUGCAGAGUUGUCAAGGAGGAAGAUGACGUCUCGUAUAAGCGUGAGGAACUCAGAAAGAAUCGGCCUUUGGUUAAGAUGUGUGGCAUUACUUCUGCAAGAGAUGCGGCAAUGGCAGCAGAAGCUGGUGCUGAUUUGAUUGGCAUGAUCAUUUGGCCAAACUCUAAACGGUCCGUUUCACUUUCAGUUGCAAAGGAGAUUUCGAGAGCUGCAAGGGAGUACGGGGCACAGCCUGUUGGGGUGUUUGUGGAUGACGAUGCGGACACAAUACUAAGAGCCUCUGAUGCAGCAGACCUUGAGUUUGUUCAGCUUCAUGGAGAUGGUUCCCGUGCUGCUUUUCCGGAAUUAGAGGGCCGUAUAAUAUAUGUCCUUCAUGCUAAUGAAGAUGGAACUCUCUUGAACCAAAUUUCUGCUGAAGAGUGUUCUCUAGUUGAUUGGGUUCUUGUGGAUAGUGCAAAGGGUGGCAGUGGCAAGGGAUUCAAUUGGACUCGGUUUAAGCUACCAAGUAUUAGAAGCAAGCACGGAUGGCUUUUGGCAGGAGGAAUAAAUCCGGAGAAUGCUUCUGAGGCUCUUUCUACUCUCAAACCCCAAGGAAUUGAUGUUAGUAGUGGCAUUUGUGGCCAAGAUGGCAUCCGAAAAGAUCCAUUGCGAAUAUCUUCAUUCAUGAGUGCAGUACAUUCAGUAAUCUAUUGAUCCGUCAAGGUUAGACAGAGAGGUAACGGUUUAAGGUAUCAAGUUAUUUCAACAGUGUAGAACUUUUAUGCUAUUACAAACAUUGCUCUUGAUACUUCGAGAUUUGUCAAAUAAAAGAAAAUCUUUUAAGCCCUUUGGUAGAGAUCAAUAGACUGCAAAUCAUGUACGCCAGGAACCUCUCCUCUUGAUAUGAUAACAGCCUGCAAACUUGACAACUUCAUGUCCUAGAUCCUAAGAUCCGGAGAGCUUCUCAUCAGUUUGGUGAUACACAAUAUCCCCAGUAUCACUAACACGGUGAUCAAUCUUGAAGCUUUUUACAAGGACUCCCAAUAAAUGUAAUGCAAGA